AUGAAGCCACGAGGCAAGUUCAACGCUCCGAUCCCCACUAUUAGACGCGACGAGGAUCUAUUUGCUGUCAGCUUUGACGAAGCCGCCCGCGUCAAGAGAGAUGGAGACGCCUACAGCGCGAACUUUGUACUAAAGGCUAGAUCAGGCUAUGCCGAAGGUCUGACAGUGAACGAAGCAGAUUAUCAUGGGCUGAUGAUGUGUUUGGAUCUACUGGAAGGCUUGAAUCCACGGCGUCUAGUGAUAUGUGGAGACUCGAAUCUGGUGAUCCGACAAGUUCGGGGUGAGAUUGAUUGUAAAGCACCGGGUUUGACACUGCUACGCCAGAGGGUUCUAGGUCGACUACGAAAUUGGCCAGAUCAUGAGUUGUGUGCGAUCGAGGUUGAGCCUAAGAAGGAGAUCCAGGAUCUAGUGAUUUUGAACCGGUUGGAUAAGAUCCUGGUAGUGAAGAACGAAGAUGAGACCGCACAUGUAUCGGCUGUAACGACCCGAUCUAAGGCUGGAUCUGGAGCGCGGACAGGGUCCGAUCCAGACUCAUCACGUGAGGAAUUGGUGAGUGAACUACGGAUCGGGCGGAUCCGACAAGCACAGGACGAGGGGUCGUGGAUAUGUGGGUUGAAGAAGUAUUUGAGAUCUGACACAAGAAGAAUUACGAAGUGGAUCAGUGAGAUCUACUUGGCUACUGCCCAACAACCAAUGAAGCUGCUGCGGAUCGAGACAAAUUGA